GACUCCUACACCGCAGCUCUCUGGUUCCUCUCUGCAGCCCCUAGCCUGAGGUGGGGCCAUAGAGGGUAUGGCCCCAGCAGAAAAGGUGGACAGUGCCCAAGCCACACCAGCACCCGGAAUCCCCUCUGGCUCCGUCGCCCGUGCCCCGUCCCCUGCUCCGUCCCCUGCCCCAUCCGCGCAGUUUACAGCCCCACUUUCCUGGGGCUCAGCGUAAGCAAAUGAGUGCAGCGAAAUCACCCGCAGACUUGGGGGCCGAGGAAAGUGGAAGAACCGGGAGCAGGGCUCUGGCAGCUACUCCGUCUGCAUUUGCCUAGAGGCAAAGGCAGCUACAGUGACUAGGAGAGCAAGUGAAAGCGAAAGAGAAGUCCAAAGAGGACCCUGAAGAAACCCACGGGCCAAGAGAGGGGUGUUCCGGAGCUCUCCUCCAGGCCGGCGGCACCAGCGGGGUGGCCGCGGGCACGGGCAGCUUGUCGAGGACUGCGGCCCCAUGGGCGCCGGGCAGGGUUGGUGGCUGCUGCUGUACGCGGCUCUGUCCCGAGCAGCGGGAGCCGGAACCGGUGCAAAGCAGGUGUGGAGUAACCUUCUGUGAGAGGAUGCUCACCCCAGAAUGUCGCCGGCAGAGCCUCAGGUGGCAGAAAGGCAGCUGCGGGCAGUGGACGUGAUCUUGGACUGCUUCCUGGUAACAGAAGCUGAGCACCCCAGGGCUUUUGCCAGAGACAUGAACAGGGAGAAGGCCUUGCUGGUGCUGAAGCAGGUGCCAGUGCUGGAUGAUGGUUCCCUGGAAGGCUUCACUGACUUCCAAGGGGACACAGUGGCCAAGGAUGACCCACUUGUUAUCUUUGAGGCCUCAGUGGACGGGGUACAGAUUCCGCAGGCCACAGCCCUGCUCCACGCUGACUGCAGUGGGAAGGUGGUGAACUGUGAGAUCUCCCACUACUUGCUCCAGGGCAGACCCGAGGCCACUUGGUUCAUGGCCAACGUGCAGGUACCUAGACCCGGACCCAGUGUCUCCAUGGUAAUGAAGACUCUCGGGGAUGCGGAUGAAGGCGCUGUCCGGCAGCCCACGCUGAACCUGCCCCUGGGCCCCCAGGGGACAGUGCGGACCACAGUGGAGUUUCAGGUGACAACACUGACCCAGUCCCUGAAUUUCCUGCUGGGCUCCUCAGCUUCCCUGGAUUGUGGCUUCUCAAUGGCACCAGGCCUGGACCUCACCAGUGUGGAGUGGCGGCUGCAGCACAGGGGCAGUGGCCAACUGAUACACAGAUGGAAGACCGGGCAAGGGCAGGGGCAGGCCAAGCGGGAGGGUGCCACCCUACCGCCCGAGCAGCUUCUCAGGGCCGGGGAUGCCUCCCUUACCCUGCCCAGCCUCAGUUUGAAGGACGAGGGAACCUACAUUUGUCAGAUCACUACCUCUCUGUACCAAGCUCAGCAAAUCCUCCAGCUCAACAUCCAAGCUUCCCCAAAAGUACAGCUGAGCUCAACGAAUGAUGCCCCGCUGCCCACCCUCACCUGCAAAGUCACUGGCUAUUACCCUCUGGAUAUGGUGGUGACGUGGAUCCGACAGGAGGGGAGCAGAGACCCAGUCCAAGUCUCUGGUGCCUCCUUCUCCAGCCUCAGGAAAAGCAUGGCAGGCACCUAUAGCAUUUCGUCCUACUUGAUAGCGGACCCCGGCCCAACAGGUGCCAUUUAUACCUGCCAGGUCACCCACGUCUCUCUGGAGCAGCCCCUCAUGGUCAGCACCAGGAUUGACCCAAUCACAGAGUGGGAAAUGGCCAAUGGAGUCAUCUUUGCCAGCUGCCUCUUCCUUCUUGCACUGUUGUUCCUGGGGCUUCAGAGACGGCAAGCUUCCUCAACAAGGUUUGUCAAGACCCUGCGGCACUCGGAGUAGCCACGCUCCAGGCUCAGCACAGUCUCAUUCUCCAGCAGCACCGCAGCAGGGCUGGGCAAGACCUUCAGGAAGUGCCAGACCUGAGGGAGGGCCUACCCCUGCACCUGAGCACGCCCCACCUUCCUUCACUGUGUGCCUUGGGCAGAGAAGGGGCCACAGGAAGCCCGAACAUCUGGGGGAGUUGACAUCAGAGGGUCACAUCUGAGGUGAGGUGGGAGGAAAAAAGAACAAAAAGAAAUGGAGGAAGGAGUGACCAACAAUGGGUACAGGAUGGGGACAGGGUCAGCCCUCACAAACAGAACUCUGUCAAAAUAAAAGCCCUUGUGUCCACUUUCCCA